AGUCUGUAGCCGCCCUCUGCCACAGUUGCACGCGACCGCGAGUGCACCAGUGCCCUCUCUAAUCAUACCCGACCUUCAAUUCGAAAGAACGAGACGACUAUAUCCAGGUGGUCCACUGGAGAAUGUGAAGUGUUGUACUCACUAGCUGCUCAUGCGUCGCCAGCAAUGGUCAUGGUGUUCACGAGAUAGUGUCAGGUGGUGACUGUGGGAGCGCGUGUAGCGGCGGCAUGCGCGUGCUGGUCGCAGCGCUCACCGCGCUGCUGGCGCGUACGCUAGCCAGCCCCCACGAGCACCGCGCGAGGCAUCAUGCGCCCGAACACGCUUCGCAUUUCCCUGUUCCUGCGCCGCCCCAACCCUACCGCGGACACGGCGAGGCCGUUAGAUAUAACCCAGAACUCGAUACCAUUCUCCCGCGCCUCGACGAGCACGAAACUUCCUCGAAACGCGCCAAAUUCGAAGACGCUGAAUCAUCAUCUAAACGAGCUAAUGAAGAAAGGUUCUAUUCCAAUCAUGAACGAAUUGAGGAACUCAUGGCCGACGAACCUCAACUUGGCCCUGAGGCAGAGGACCCAUUAGUAGUUCGAACGAGAAAAGGACGGGUCAAGGGAAUUACGCUUACUGCAGCGACUGGGAAACAAGUCGAUGCAUGGUUCGGUAUUCCAUAUGCUCAGAAACCUCUUGGAGAUUUGAGAUUUAGACACCCAAGACCAGUAGAAAACUGGGGUGAUGAAAUCCUUAAUACAACGACACUGCCACACUCGUGCGUCCAAAUCAUAGAUACAGUGUUUGGAGAUUUUCCAGGCGCAAUGAUGUGGAAUCCUAAUACUGAUAUGCAGGAAGACUGCUUGUACAUAAAUAUUGUCGCUCCAAAACCACGUCCAAAGAAUGCAGCUGUCAUGUUAUGGGUAUUUGGUGGUGGAUUCUAUUCGGGAACAGCGACUUUGGAUGUAUAUGACCCUAAAAUCCUUGUGUCAGAAGAAAAUAUAGUAUAUGUCUCGAUGCAGUAUCGAGUUGCAUCGUUAGGUUUCCUAUUUUUUGAUACCCCAGAUGUCCCUGGAAAUGCUGGAUUGUUUGAUCAGUUAAUGGCCUUACAAUGGGUAAAAGACAAUAUCGGUUAUUUUGGUGGGAACCCCCAUAACAUAACUCUAUUCGGUGAAUCUGCUGGUGCUGUAUCAGUAUCUUUACAUUUGUUAUCGCCUCUUUCGAGAAAUUUAUUCUCUCAGGCUAUAAUGCAGUCUGGAGCAGCUACAGCUCCGUGGGCUAUAAUUUCUAGGGAGGAAAGUAUUUUACGAGGUAUGCGUUUAGCGGAAGCUGUUCGGUGUCCGAAUUCCAGGUCAGAUAUGGGACCUAUGAUAGAAUGUUUAAGGAAAAAGAGUGCUGAUGAAUUAGUAAACAAUGAAUGGGGAACUCUAGGAAUCUGUGAAUUCCCAUUUGUUCCGAUCAUCGAUGGAUCAUUCCUGGAUGAAAUGCCUCGAAAGUCUUUAGCUCAUCAAAACUUUAAAAAAACUAAUAUUCUUAUGGGUUCUAAUACAGAAGAGGGUUAUUACUUCAUUCUGUACUAUUUGACUGAACUAUUCCCAAAAGAGGAAAACGUUGGAAUAUCACGAGAUGAUUAUCUCCAAGCGGUUAGAGAACUAAAUCCGUACGUCAAUGAUGUAUCGAGACAAGCUAUAGUAUUCGAAUAUACUGAUUGGCUAAAUCCUGAUGAUCCCGUGAAAAAUAGAAAUGCCUUAGACAAAAUGGUUGGUGAUUAUCAUUUUACUUGUGGUGUCAAUGAGUUUGCCCACAGAUAUGCAGAAACCGGUAACAACGUGUACACUUAUUACUAUAAACACCGUAGUAAGAAUAAUCCUUGGCCGUCCUGGACCGGUGUGAUGCAUGCAGAUGAAAUUAACUACGUAUUCGGCGAGCCACUUAAUCCUGGAAAAAAUUAUUCUCCGGAAGAAGUUGAAUUUAGUAAACGUUUAAUGAGAUACUGGGCUAACUUUGCUCGAUCUGGGAAUCCAUCAAUGAAUGCUGAUGGUCAGAUGACAAAAGUCCACUGGCCAGUCCACACUGCAUUUGGUAGAGAAUACCUUUCUCUGGCUGUCAAUUCAAGUGCUGUUGGUCAUGGUUUACGAGUCAAGCAGUGCGCUUUCUGGCAAAAGUAUUUGCCCCAACUUAUGGCUGCUACUAAUAAACCAGAGUCGCCGAAAAAUUGUACCAACAUAGCAUUUUCUUCGCGGCCAUCGUUUUACCCGCUCGGCUUGAGUCUUAUUUCACUGACAAGCUUAAAUUUAAUAUUAUUGGAAUAUAAAUGAAUGAAUGAUUUGUGUUAUGGAAAACUUGAGCUUUUUGGCAUUUGUUUGUUCGUCUUGCUUUUUAGGAAAGUCAGUGUUCAUUAUUGAAUGUAUCUAAUAUUAUGUGAAGGAUUUAUAUUUAGAAGGUCCACUGUGUGUGUAUGAUAAGUAGAUGAAAUGUGAAAGUUAUUUAAAAUAUAUGCAUAAUGAAGAUUUCUUCUCAA